AUAAUAAUUCUGAAAGCACUGGCUGUGGUUUGUGUGUUACAUUUUCCCAUCUGCUAACACCUACUAUUUAUACCUUUGUUUUCAGAAAUUCUCGAACAAGUCAGACAUGUGGAGCUUUGGCAUCUUGCUGUGGGAGAUUUACUCCUUUGGCCGGGUGCCCUACCCGCGAAUUCCCCUGGCAGAUGUGGUGCGUCAUGUGAGCAAGGGCUACCGCAUGGAAUCGCCCGAGGGCUGUCCUAGUGAUGUGUAUGAGCUCAUGCGUGCUGCCUGGCAGGAGGAACCCCAGGAGAGACCCACCUUUGCACAGGUGCUGCGCAAGCUCCAGGGUUUGAAACUUGAAGCUCAACAUGCCAUCUGACAGCAUACCGCGAGUGAUGUCCCGGAGGCUACAGCUUCUUGCCCAGGAGAACCGAGUGCACAACUGCCGUCCUCUAGUGGACAGGACCAGACUGCUGACAAGUGCUGCCCUCGUGCCAGUGAAUUAACUCUCGAACCGAUGCAAGGACUGAAAUGCAGCACACCCGAUAUCAGUGCCGCAGCUGCGAGCAGUGCAGGGGUCGAGUAUGCCGUGGUGAAUGCUGACCACGGCGCGCUUGUGGAUUUGAGCUGCACGCCACUCUCGAGUGUGGAAAUGCCCGUGUCGGACGCUUGUCCAGAAGAAAGAACUCUUCCACGCAAGUCACUUGGUUACGGUGCAGAAGCCGGGCAUGCCCACACGAGUUCGCGCCCCUGUGAGUCGUUGAGCGACGGCAGUGGUGCGUUUAGUGCCACACACAAGCGAUCGUCGAGCAGCCUAGGAGAGCACAGGACGCGAGUCUCCGUGGCAGGUGCCUUUGCACUUUUGGUGACAGCCUACCUUCAGACCCAGAUCCCUCCAUAGGCGACACUCGGUGCAGUUCUCGGUGUGGUUCUGCACCAUGCCAGACGACUGUUCCACUUGAGGUUUCUUUUCUUUUAUCCUGUCGUGGUUUUCUGUUUCUCCUUUCUUACCUAGUGACGCCCAUUUGCUGUUAGGCAGUAGCAGUUACCUUAUUAUUAUUAUAUCAAUUUGAGUGAUACUCAGUUUAGAUAAGGGAGUUUCUUUGUGCAUUGUCUGGAUGCUGAGAUCUGUACAAAGCACAGUCUUUUGCUUUCCUUUUGCUGUACGUGUGCUUUAGUGCACGUGAAGUGCAUAUUGCUCAGAGAAACGUGAUAUCACCCAGUGUGGAGUAACUGUACCAAUUUCUUAAGCUCACCCAAGAUGUAACUGCACACGACGGACUGGCUCGGUUAUAAACUAUAAUCAGUGCAGUGUGGCCAGCAGAUGAAAAGAGUGAUGAGUAUGCAUAUCCGCAUGUACCAGCACCUGUUAACAUAACCAGUCAGAUUCAUAUGAUAUGAGGUCCCCCCUUUUUUUAAGUCUGUGUGUGUAAUGUUACUUCCAGCAAUUUUAUUCUAUAUGCUCUUCAGAGAGCAGCUUCUGUAGUGAAGAGUGAGGGUCUUUUCUGUUCUUUCUUCAAAAAUGCCUCGUGAAUUUAGAGCUUCUUCUGUUCGGCAUCAUGUGGACUGCUAAAGUAAAUAGCUGGUGAGCUAACAGCCGGAAACUGGUGUGUGUCCAUACUGAAGGAAUAAUGCUGCAAGAAUGUUCACCUUCCUAUGUACUUGUGCUCUACUCAAAGUUCAGAUUUAUCCGCCUCUUUAUUUUACCCUGGUGUUUUUAGGUUUGACCAAUGUGAGCAGGUGUAACAAUGUUUGCCACAUAAAUUUGUGCUUUCGCAACUUCCAAAUAGCACAUGCAUCCGCGUAAGCAAGAGUGAGUGGCAGCCUUUUUGUGCUUGUGUGUGUGUCUUGCACUUGGCAGAUGCGUUAAGUUAACCUAAAUGUGGAGUGCUGUUCAAUUUCGGCCUCUUCUGCAGGCAUCUUCUGAACACUAAUUUGUGGGAAAACUUUUCAGUGAUUGGGAUUUCCAUUUUUUUUUUAUUAUAAGCUGUGCCAAAGGGAACAACAACAGUUCUGUACGAAGAAGUUGGACCAGAACUUUUGUGAACAUGGUGCACGAUGAGCUCUGUGCAAAAUCAGCGGUUCUUUGUGCAAGCAACAGUUCAAAGUAAGCUCUAUGAUGCAGCAGAAAAGCCCAUAUCAUUUAACGUAACAGCUUGCUACCACAUCCUCUGAAAUCAUUUCUGCAGCUGUGUGCACCUUCAUAAACUGUUCUUGCUGCAUAGCAUGACUGCCAGAUAUGGGGUACCUUAUGAGUUGCACCUUGUCGCAUCAGGAGUGGAAUAUGUAAUGAUUCUGUUCCAGUGUCCUACCUUUUUCGUAUUUGGUCAGUUGUCCGAGCGAUGCUUCAUUAAUUUUAUCGCCAGAAGCAGCCAGUCUUGAAUGGUGAAUCAUAGAAAGAUAGAACUGAGUGAAUGGAACAUCAACAUUAUAGUUACCCUGCUUUUGCAGAGCGAGAGCCUGCAUAUAUGAAGCUCUCGUUUUUUGCAAUAAUCCUUCAAAUUUUGUUGAAACUAAACAGAACUGCUCUACCAUUUCAUUACGGUGUGAUAAGCCUGGCUUGGGCACACAAAGUAUAGCCAAGUUAUUGUGAAAAUGCCAAGAAUAAUUCCUUCCAUGGUGGUGCAUUGUCUAUUUUUCAGUGUAGCAGGUGAUGUGGUUUUGAAGUUUCUGAAGGCUUUUCUCUAUUUUGCUCCAGCCAAUUUUUGUCACGUGUGCCUCCUUUUUGGCCUGUGUGUGUCGCCAGCUCUACCAAGUCAUCCGUAGGCCUUGGCUAUGGCUUGAUGGCCAUCCUUUGGGAUUUUUGGAUUAUAGGUGUGUUCUGUCGUGCGGUUCUCCAUGUCUGCCAUUUUCACUUCUCUAUAUGGUUGCCACCAUUCCUGGCUGUCAGUGCCGAAGUUUUACAGUGUACUACCUGCCCUGUAAUGUUUAGCCAAUCCGCAAGUAGCACUGCUAUCAUGACUGCUAUCAUGAGGAGGUUUUUGACAUUUCAUAGAUGCGUCAACAUUGUGCCACAGCGAACAUAUUCGUGUUUGUUUGCCACCCGGUGUUUUCAAGAUGGUGACAUCACCUCAUCGCCAUCAGAAUUAAUGCUUAUAUACGCACUGCAGGCAUGUUUAGUUUGCAGUGGCGCCAAAAGUGACAUUGAGGCAAGCUGGAGUGAUAGAUCACUUUUUAAAGCCAGUCAAUGCUUGUCCCAAGAGAAGUGAAGUCAGAUGGAGAUAGCAUGUGUCUCUGAAUUUUAACUGUCUGCGAAGAAAAAUGCCAGUGUACUGCAGGAACUCAGCCAUGCGACAGCCAUUGUUGUGCACUGUCGUUCUUCGGAGUUGUGUUCGGGAGGGAAUGACUUAAUAAAUUUCUCCAUUCUAUUAGCUUUCACGCUUUGUCAUUGAUUCCGCUGCCUCAACUGCAAUAUUACCAGAAUCGGCAGGUCCGAAGUGGUAAUUAGUAAGUAUGGAAUUGAAUCUGUCAAAAUGAGUAUGCUAGGCUGACCCCACUCUUUUUAUUUGACCAAAAUGCAGUUUUUUCACAUUUUCAUGUGUCUUUGGAUAUGAGAUGUGUUUUUUCCUGUUUUUCUAUACUUUGGAAGAAACAUUGUGUUGGCUUCUGUGCAGUGGCACCUUAGUGACGUUGCACUGUUACGGUAUUUAUUUAUGUUGCUUAGCGAGAACUUUCAAUUUCAGCAAUGUCAAAAGAUAUACCUGUAUGUCCUUCCUUUUCAUUUCUGUGUUUUCUUCCUCUGUACCAGCUCAAAGAAGUUUUUUAAAAGUGCUGGUCUUUGUGUGGAUGUCAUAAAUAAUCCCUUCACCAAGUGCACGACACCCUGCAAUGUCUGUGCUGUCGUAUCUUACCUACCCUAAUGACAGGGCAAUUUUAUAUCGUGAAAAAGAAAAUUUUAGAGAAUCGAUAUUUCAAUGAACUUCUACCACCAAAUUUUUACUGCUAUUAGCCUAGAGCACUGUUUUGUACCGUGUUUGUCAACGGAAUAAUCCCUUCGGACAUGUGGUUGUGGGUAAUUAUGUAUGAGCAGACUUUAGGAGAUGUGCUCCUCGUGGCUUAAAAGUGUGCAUGCAACCAAAAUGACAUUCUUAAUUGAUAUUUUGUUCUUAAAUCUAUGACAAUCACUGGAGUUGUGUUCUCGUGCUUUGUUUGGCUGUUGUCUGCCAAUCCUUGUGUGUGUGCUUAGUUAACACAAAGUGUGGAGGUAAUUUUUUUACGCAGAUUUGUUUUAUGGCAGGUUUUGUCUGACAUUGCUGUUCUGAUAAGUACAGUGCCUUUGAAGAGCGCAAGGUGUAUCGCUUUGCACUUGAGUUCUUUCUCUCGAAAUUGAAUCACUGCUCAAGGAACUAGUGUGUGAGCCAUGAGCGAUGCUGUUAGACCACCUUUGUCCAGUUGUGAACUCUUUGGUCUGGUCUUGGAAUAAAAGACAUUAAAGGCUUUUCACUUCCUGCCAGGAUGCAGGCUUGUA